AUGAACGAUCAAACACCACGAAAGAAUGAGCUACCUCCAACAAAAGCAUCAGGAAAUCAUUUGUAUACGAAGUUACAAGUUCAUUUCGGUGGUGAUGUUCAAGACAUCGUCUUAAAAUCCGAAAAAGAACCAACUUGUAAUGAACUUGGUCAAGUUUUACAGGAAGUCUUUCGUAUUCCACUCGCCGAACAAUUAGUUUACUUUCGUGGUCAACGCCUUCAUCAUAACAAUUCAUCUGCAGGUAAUCGCCCAUUGACAAGAUAUGGCAUUUUUUCGGGAAAUACGAUAAUAUUAGUUGGAAAACGAGGCUUACUCUAA